AUGACCAGUAACCCAAACAGCAAGAACCUUCUCUCACAUCAGCCACUCCCCCAACGGCUGGGCUGGGGCAUGCUCUUCAGCAACUCGAAACCACAAGGUAAGGAGGGUGCCUCCAUUGCUGGGGUGCCUGCAGCCUUCCACCUCGGCCCACGACACUGCACACAGCUCAAGAACCAGUAUCUGAAAAAAGCUGCUGCGAACCUCACCUUCUCCCAGGAGGUGGUGUGGCAGCGGGGGCUGCCCAGCGUCCCCUACAGCCAGUACAACUUUGACCACCUCUACAACACAGACAACAUUAUCCAGUCCCCCCAGGUCAGAAAAGCCCGACUCGCGAAAACUGUUCCUCAGCAGGCUCCCCCGGCAGGGGACGCUGUUGCAGGUACAAAGAAAGAACAUUCUGCCCAUCCUGAAAAGAUGCCCAAGAAACCGAAGCCAGAGGGCACAGUACAGGAAACGCCUCGACCUCUCACCCAGCAACCCCUCAGGGAUCCAGACACUCUGGAACCGCCGCCCUCUCCAGACAUGAUCCUAAAGGAACGGGAAACCUGGCUGCCGCCCCCAGAGAGGGUAGCCAGAGCCUGGGAGGCUGUGGUGCUGGCAAAGCUAAACAAGCGCACUGCCCGGUGGAUCCAGAGCAAGCGGCCCUUGAGGCCUGGGGAAUCCCCCAACAAGUGGCAGAGCUUCCUGCGCCAGCAGUAUGACUGGAGCCACAUCCGGGACGAGCUCAGCUCUGCCAGCGACCUGGAGCUCCUGCAACAGCUGGAGGAGGAAGAGGUAGCUGAGUUGGAGGAGGAUCAGAAUGUCAUUGUGUCACCCAAGGAAACCAAGAAACCGGAGCUGCCACUUCCUGCUUACUACAGGUUGUCCUGUUACUCCCCACACGAUCAGACAGAUGAAAUCAUGCCCCAAAACAAUAAGACAGCUGAGGACAUUAAGGAAAAGAGAACCAUCUCCAGCCCUCAGGUGGAGAGCUGCUUCCGACAGGUGAACCCCCGAGCUGGGAAGUUUGCUUAUUCUACAGACAACGCCUUUGAACAAGAGACUCUGCUUGAUGAAGUUCAGAUCGUCCACCACAUUGGGGCAAAGAGAGACCAGAUUUUUCUGGAGAACCUGAAUCAGUACAAUAAACAGCUAUGUAAGGUCUUCCCUGAAACUCCGGAGAAGUGGAGUUGCCAGCCAGUUCCUGAAGCACCCUGUAGGCCUGUGAAAGGAGCCCAGCGCUGGACCGCAUUGCCGACCCCAGCCAAGGACCUGCUGCUGCACGUGGACGAGGAUGCAUCUGUGCAGGCCAGAAGAUCGAAGAAGCAGGCAAGGUUGAUGAUGAUGGAUAUGAGUUGGGAACUGGUGGCUCUGCGGAGGAUGCUGCAGGAAUGGAAGGCUGCCUGGACCUUGAUCAUUGAGUGGCAUCAUGAGACGGUCGAGAGCUUGCUGAGAAACCUGACAGACAUGCAUGAUGACAUUCGGAUCCAAGCCCUUGUCACGUGUGCUACAGCUGCUUUGGAACAGCCCGUGAUUGUCACCAGUCACAGGGACACAGACAAGACAUCUACAAAAGCUCCAGCUCUUCACAACUUGCCAGAGGUCUUACAACCCGCCCUGGAGGCUGCUCUUUCUGACAAGAAUGCCAAUGUGCAGAUGGCAGCAGCAAUAUGUCAAUAUGCCAUCCGAGCAAGCAACCCCCUUGCCCAGAGCAUCAUGCAGACGGUCCUUUUGAAAGGUAAUACUGUGGAUAGCUGGGCUGCUGCUCAGUGCUUGGCUGUAGAAGGUACUGCCACCUACCCGGUGAUAAAGAGAAUCCUCCAUCAGCUGUUUUACAAGAAGAACGAGGAUACUGAGGAACAGGCUUGCGUCCUCCUGAGCCAUCUCAGUAAGAAAACAACCCUGAUACACACCAUGCUUGCCGUGGAGCUGAAUAGCCCUCAAUGGAAGGACAGGAUUGUGGCCUGCCGGGCAUUCUCACGGAUCAGUGGAAAUGUUUGCUUAGAUAUGAAAUGUAAGCUGAUUCAGCUGAUGUGGAAAGACUGGAAUAAGGAAGUGAGGCAAGCGGCUGCCCGAGCGUUGGGACAAAUGGGCCUUGGGAAAGAGCUGCAUGAUGCAAUCAGAGUCAAGCUGGGUCAAGGGAAUUCCCAGGAACGCGUGGAGGCCCUCUCCCUGAUAGGUGGCCUCAAACUCAUGACCGCCAAGCUUCUCCCAAGCUUCCUGCGCUGCUUCUCAGAUAACUUUAUAGCGGUGCGGCAGGCGGCCUGUUUGGCAGCUGGCGCCCUGCAGAUCCGCGAUAAGAUGGUGUUGGACUGCCUCUUGAAUCUCAUGCAGAGAGAUCCUUACUGGAAAAUCAAGGCUUUUGCCAUCCGAGCUUUGGGACAAAUUGGGCAAGUGAGUCCCCAGCUAACAGACCUGUUGCUCUGGGCUAUCCACUAUGAAGAGUCACCAGGUGUACGACUGGAAGCUUGCCGCAGCAUCCUGGCCCUCAGACUUCAAGGGGACCGGGUUAAGGACACCUUCCUGGACGUGCUGCUCCUGGAGAACCAUGAGGCCGUUCUAAGGGAAAUUUAUCAUGCGAUGAAGAUACUCGACUUUAAAAAUGACGGAAAUCAAGAAAUGCUUCAAAAGAUCAAUAACAAGAUUAAAAUGCUAAGCCAAAAGGAUUUGGUGACACAAAAAAUACUCAAAAUUGAGACGGUCAUAGAAAAAGUGAAGGAAGAAGCCAAACAUGUUUACUUACAACCCCAAGAAGGGAAGAAGCCAUUGGAACUUCAUACUUUUCUACAAGAAGCUUUUCAGGACGACCCGAUUUUUCCCAGAAGAGAGUCUGAAUUCUGUGACAUCGACGCAGUCAUAAAGGCUUUGAAGUCCCACGCUCCGAAUCCCUGGUUACAAAGUCCAGUUCUACACCUCAACACAAGAACCAAAAAACGCUCACCAUUUGUCAAGAAACUUCACAGCGACUUGGAACAUGUAGUCAAUGUAGUCGAAAUGGAGCCAUUUGGAUCCGACAACUCAGCUCUCUUCGAGUAA